UGAGGCGAAGAACAAAAGUCCAUCAUAAGCUGCAGCCCAGAGCACCCGCUAUGGGUGGCGGAGGGAAAGGGGACGGAGCGAAACAAACCUGUCUGCUAUGAGAAAUCCAAAGAGAAAACAGAAAAUGUUAUUUUAGGAUGAGGACCGACAUGAAUUUUCCACAAAAACAAGCAAUGGCAUUGUCUAAAAAUUGCGGAAGCUCCACGGUUCUCUCCGAAAGUCCUGAUCACCGACGUCUCUAAAGGAUUGCCGUUCAGAAUGGACAGACGCACCUCCACUUGUGUAGUUUCCAGUCGAGCCAACCUGAAAUCCAGCUGGAUCAAACCUCUGCCAAAAAAAUAUGUUUUAUUUUUUUUUCUCCAAACACAAUGCAGAAAAUUUAUGAGAAAAAAAAGAAAAAACGGACAAUAAAAAACAGUAUUCCAGGAAAAAAGUCAAAUAGACAGCAGAACACCAUUUUUGGGGCUGCCUGGUAUAGCUGAAUCCACAGAGGCAGACUGAAGUACAUAAGAAAGAUCACAUCAUGUAGCUGAGAGGUCUGUGAUGUUCUAUCUAUAGCAAUCUGUAACUUUAGCCUGAAUUCUUAUUUUUGUUGGAAAAUUUUAAUCUUGUUUUUUUUUUUUAUAAAAUCACACCUAUAACUUCUUGUUUUGUGAUGUAAAAACAGUUUGUUAAAAAUGUUUGAAAUUUCCACAGCAAAAUGAAUCCCAUUUUUUCAGACGGAAUUUUCUGCAUUUGCAUGAUAUUAUGUCUUGUGCGUGAAUAUAACAUAGAAAAGUGACUGAAUAAGCUAGUUUUGCAUAUGUAUGGUUGUGCUGAUUAACAUGAUACCAAAUAAGCAAGCAUAGUAACAUAGUAAAACUCAGAUCAUAAACACAUUUAGGAAAAGUCAGGCACCUAUUGGUCCAUAGUUCUUUUUAACCAAUAUAUGAUGUUGCAAAUUUGGAAACCAGUCAAAAUGACUCACUUAGGAGUUCCUGUGUUAAUGCACUUUUUUGUUGUUUGUUUUGUUUCCUUGUUCCACCAGUUAAUCUCCAGUAUUAUCUGAUAAACUCAGUGGUGAAGCAGAAGAAUCCAGAACCUCUACAGAUGAAGGAGCAACAGGAGCUCUGCAUGAGCCAAGAUAAAGAGCAGCUUGAUCUGAUGCGGGAGACAGAUACUUUGAUGGAGACUCCUAAUUUUGAGGAAAAUGAGCAUAAUGAGGCAGAUCUUCACCGUCAGCAGCUUGUAACUUGGAGCUUUGAUGCAACAGCUGGUCAGAACCAACAAGGAAGGCAGCAUGAAGAAUAUAAACGAACAACAGACGGAGAGACAGCCCAACCGAAAGGAAAUAGAAGGAGCAGAAGUAAUGUCAAAAAUGUGGACAACACUCACAGUUCGGACCAGUCUGACACUGACUCAGAGAAAAUGUUAGAAAAACAUGAUGCUGUUGGAUUUCACACAGGAGAAAAGCCUUUUUCUUGCAAAGUAUGUGGUAAAAGUUUCACAUCAAAAUGCACUCUAAAUUUUCACUUGAGAAUCCACACAGGAGAAAAGCUUUUUUCCUGUGAAGAAUGUGGUAGACCCUUUACUCUGAAGAACAGCUUAACUGCUCAUAUGAGAAUCCACACAGGAGAAAAGCCUUUUUCAUGUGAAGAAUGUGGUAGGUGUUUUACCUGGAAGACCAGUUGUGAUGCUCAUAUAAGACUCCACACAAGAGAAAAGCCUUUUUCCUGUAAAGAAUGUGGUAGAUGUUUUACUCAGAAGGCACACUCAACUGCUCAUAUGAGAAUCCACACAGGAGAAAAGCCUUUUUCCUGUGAAGAAUGUGGUAGAUGUUUUACUCGGAAGGGCAUUUUCAAUGCUCAUAUGAGAAUCCACACAGGAGAAAAGCCUUUUUCCUGUGAAGAAUGUGGUAGGUGUUUUACCCAGAAGACCAGUUGUGAUGCUCAUAUGAGACUCCACCCAAGAGAAAAGCCUUUUUCCUGUAAGAAAUGUGGUAGGUGUUUUACCCAGAAGACCAGUUAUGAUGCUCAUAUGAGAAUCCACACAGGAGAAAAGCCUUUUUCAUGUGAAGAAUGUGGUAGGUGUUUUACCCAGAAGACCAGUUGUGAUGCUCAUAUGAGACUCCACACAAGAGAAAAGCCUUUUUCCUGUGAGAAAUGUGGUAGGUGUUUUACCCAGAAGACCAGUUAUGAUGCUCAUAUGAGAAUCCACACAGGAGAAAAGCCUUUUUCAUGUGAAGAAUGUGGUAGGUGUUUUACCCAGAAGACCAGUUGUGAUGCUCAUAUGAGAAUCCACACAGGAGAAAAGCCUUUUUCCUGUAAAGAAUGUGGUAGGUGUUUUACCCAGAAGACCAGUUGUGAUGCUCAUAUGAGACUCCACACAGGAGAAAAGCCUUUUUCCAGUGAAGAAUCUGGUAAACAUUUUACAGCAUAUACUCACUAAGCACAUGGAAAUUCACACAGGAAGAUUGUGGUAGAUGUUUUACCAACGAAUGCAGUCUCACUUUUUGAAGAAAAAGUUUCACUCAGGAAAAAGACCUUUUGUGAAAAAUGUUUUAUUUGAAGGAUAUAUUUGAGGUCUCGCAUGAGAAUCCACACAGGAAUAAAUACUUUUUCCUGUGACGAAUGUGGUAAAAGUUUAAUUUCAAAACACUACCUAACUGAUCAUAUGAAAGUCCACACAGGAAAAAAAAAACAUUUUUUUUCUGUGUGCAAUGUGGUAAAAGUUUUACUGAAAAAGCAGCCUCACUGACCUCAUGAGAAUCCACACAAGACGAGACGUUUUUAUUGUGAAGAAUGUGGUUGAAGUUUCUCUUCCAUAAACGAUUUAACUACUCACAUGAAAAUCUUUAGGAAAAAGGUUUGUGUCUGAAUUUCCUUUAUAGUUUAACUUGGGGUGCAAUUCUUACUUGUAUGUGAUUAAAAAAAAAGGUAUAUA